GCUUGGGAGUUGAUGUCACUUCCUCUACCCCAUGAAAGUACAAAGAUAAAGAGAGAAGGAUUUUCAGAUAUCUGAGAGUAACGUGGAUGGUGAAGACAUUCAGGUGACUCAGUCAUGGAUGACAGAAGACCUCGGCCAGAAGCCAGGUCUAGGAAUCCCCCUAACAACUACAGAGGGCCUAUGGAUGGAGAAUUACCACCAAGAGCUAGAAACCAGGCCAAUAACCUCGCAGCCAAUGCUCUCAGAGGAGGAGCCAACCAGCCUGGAAGGCGUCCUAGGGCCAACAACAAUCCUGUUGCUUGCCGGCAAAGGGAGGAGAGAUUUGGGGCCAUGGGCAGGAACCCACAUCAGGACAGGAGGUACCAUGAGGGCCACGCCAGUGAUGAAGCAAGAGGCCAUAGACAUGGUCAGGAGAAUGAUACCAGGCGGAGAAAUGGCAACCAAGAGGGAAGGAGCCAUAGACCACCGCGGCCCAAUGAAAACUUCCAGAAUUGGUGGGGCCCCUACCAGAAGCCUGCAGAACAGCCACAGCCAGGAAAGAGGCUGGGCUACAAAUUCCUGGAAAGUCUCCUGCAGAAAGAUCCCUCUGAAGUGGUCAUCACACUUGCCACCAGUUUAGGUCUGGAGGAACUCCUGUCUCAUUCUUACAUGAAACCCAACUUCCUUGAGCUCAUCUGCCAGGUUCUCCGGAAGGCUUGCAGCUCUAAAAUGGACCGGCAGAGCAUUCUCCAUGUGCUGGGCAUAUUGAAGAACUCCGAAUUCCUCAGAGUUUGCCUGCCUGCAUACGUGGUAGGGAUGCUCACCGAACCUAUUCCAGAUGUACGAAACCAAUAUCCAGAACACAUAAGCAACAUCCUCUCCCUCCUUCAGGACCUUGUAAGUGUCUUCCCUGCCAGCUCUGUGCAGGAAACUUCCAUGCUUAUUUCCCUCCUGCCAGCUUCUCUUAAUGCUUUGAGAGCCUCUGGUGUUAACAUAGAAGAGGAGACGGAAAAGAACCUGGAGAAGGUUCAGACCAUCAUUGAACAUCUGCAGGAAAAGAGGCGAGAGGGCACUUUAAAAGUGGACACCUUUACUCUGGUGCAACCUGAGGCCGAAGACCAAGUGGAGAGCUACCGAACCAUGCCCAUUUACCCCACCUACAAUGAAGUGCACAUGGAUGAGAGGCCCUUCCUCCGUCCCAAUAUCAUCUCUGGAAAAUAUGAUAGCACUGCUAUCUAUCUGGAUACUCAUUUCCGACUUCUUCGAGAAGAUUUUGUCAGGCCUCUACGGGAAGGGAUUUUGGAACUUCUUCAGAGCUUUGAAGACCAGGGCCUGAGGAAAAGAAAGUUUGAUGACAUCCGAAUCUACUUUGACACCAGGAUUAUCACCCCCAUGUGUUCAUCAUCAGGAAUUGUCUACAAAGUGAAGUUUGACACAAAACCACUGAAAUUUGUUCGCUGGCAGAAUUCUAAGCGAUUGCUUUAUGGGUCCUUAGUGUGCAUGUCCAAGGACAACUUUGAGACAUUUCUUUUUGCCACCGUGUCUAACCGGGAGCAGGAAGAUCUCUGCCAAGGGAUUGUCCAGCUCAGCUUCAACGAGCAGAGCCAACAGUUGCUAGCAGAGGUCAAGCCUUCUGACUCUUUCCUCAUGGUAGAGACAACUGCCUACUUUGAGGCCUACAGGCAUGUCCUAGAAGGGCUCCAGGAGGUCCAGGAGGAAGAUGUCCCCUUCCAGAGAAACAUCAUAGAGUGUGACUCUCAUGUGAAGGAGCCAAGGUACUUGCUAAUGGGAGGCAAAUACGAUUUCACCCCCUUAAUAGAGAAUCCCUCAGCCACUGGGAAACCUCUGGGGAACACUGAGGGCUUGAGACAUCCCAAAGUUAAUGUCUUAGAUCCCAGCCAGUGGCCCUCAAAAGAAAUGCUGAAGCUGGAUACCUCCCAGAUGGAAGCCUUGCAGUUUGCACUCACAAGGGAACUGGCUAUUAUUCAAGGACCUCCUGGAACAGGCAAAACCUAUGUGGGUCUCAAAAUUGUACAGGCCCUUCUAACUAACGAACCUGUUUGGCAACUUAACUUCCAGAAAUUCCCCAUCUUGGUUGUGUGUUACACUAAUCAUGCUUUGGAUCAGUUUCUAGAAGGCAUCUACAAGUGUCAGAAGACCAGCAUCGUGCGGGUGGGGGGAAGGAGCAACAGUGAAAUCCUGAAGCAGUUCACCUUGAGGGAGCUGAGGAACAAGCGGGAAUUCCGCCGGAACCUCCCUAUGCACCUCCGAAGAGCCUACAUGAGUGAUGCCGAGUGGGUCUGCUUCCAGGGGCGGAAGCAGUCCAUGAUGCUGGAGUGGCUGGGUCUCGGCGUUGGUUGUUUCACCCAGAGUGAAAGAGGGCCUGAGAAUGCAGCCCAGGCAGAAGGGGAGGAGGAUGAAGAGGAAGGAGAGGAGGAGGCCUCGCUGAUCAAGAUCGCAGAGGAGGCCGACCUGAUUCAAGCAGACCGGGUGAUUGAGGAGGAAGAGGUAGUGAGGCCCCGGAGGCAGAAGAAGGAAGAGAAUGGAGCAGACCAGGUGUUGGCAAAAAUGCUUCUGGCCAUGAGACUGGAUGGCCAUGGCCAGGGAAUAUCUGGGCAAGACCAAGGCACGGGAGAGUGGAAGGUCCAGCGCAGCCAGAAAAAGAAAAUGAAGAAGCGGGUGAAGAAUGAACUGCUCAAACUGAACACCAUGACUGAAGCCGAGGCCAGUGAAAUCCAGGACAUCUGGCAGCUGGACCUGAACUCUCGUUGGCAGUUGUACAGGCUGUGGCUGCAGAUGUACCAGGCUGACACCCGCCGCAAGAUCCUCAACUUCGAACGCCAGUACCGCACAUCAGCUGAGAGGAUGGCCGAGCUGAGGCUCCGGGAAGACCUGCACAUUCUCAAAGAUGCCCAGGUCGUUGGGAUGACCACCACAGGUGCUGCCAAAUACCGCCAGAUCUUACAGAAGGUGGAGCCACGCAUCGUCAUCGUGGAAGAGGCAGCUGAAGUCCUGGAGGCCCACACCAUUGCCACGCUGAGCAAGGCUUGCCAGCACCUCAUUCUAAUUGGGGACCACCAGCAGCUGCGCCCCAGCGCCAACGUGUAUGACCUGGCCAAAAACUUCAACCUUGAGGUGUCCCUAUUUGAACGGCUGGUGAAAGUAAACAUUCCCUUUGUCCGACUAAAUUACCAGCACCGCAUGCGCCCUGAAAUUGCCCGGCUGUUGACCCCCCACAUCUACCAGGAUCUGGAGAAUCACCCCUCUGUCCUCAAGUAUGAAGAGAUUAAGGGUGUCUCUUCCAACAUCUUCUUUAUUGAACACAAUUUCCCUGAGCAAAAAAUCCAGGAAGGCAAAAGCCACCAGAACCAGCAUGAAGCUCAUUUUGUUGUGGAGCUGUGCAAGUACUUCCUGUGCCAGGAAUACCUGCCCUCCCAAAUCACCAUCCUCACCACCUACACUGGCCAGCUCUUCUGCCUGCGCAAACUCAUGCCUGCCAAGACAUUCGCUGGGGUGAAGGUACACGUGGUGGACAAAUACCAAGGGGAAGAGAAUGACAUCAUCCUCCUCUCGCUAGUGCGUAGCAACCAAGAAGGCAAGGUGGGCUUUCUCCAGAUCUCCAACCGCAUCUGUGUGGCCUUAUCCCGGGCCAAGAAGGGGAUGUACUGCAUUGGAAACAUGCAGAUGCUGGCCAAGGUGCCCUUGUGGAGCAAGAUCAUCCAUACCCUUCGAGAGAACCAUCAGAUCGGCCCUGAGCUGCGGCUGUGCUGCCAGAACCACCCUAACACCCACACUAUGGUAUCGAAAGCUUCCGACUUCCAGAAAGUGCCUGAAGGAGGCUGCAACCUGCCCUGUGAGUUCCGGCUGAGUUGCGGGCACGUCUGUACCCGGGCCUGCCAUCCCUAUGACGCCUCACACAAGGAGUUCCAGUGCAUGAAGCCCUGCCAGAAGGUCAUCUGUGGAGAUGGGCACCGGUGCCCCUUGGUUUGUUUCCAGCCAUGUCGGCCCUGUGAGGUGAAGGUCCCCAAAACCAUUCCCCAGUGUGGCCACGAACAAAUGGUUCCUUGUUCUGUACCCGAGUCAGAUUUCUGCUGUCAAGAGCCUUGCCCCAAAUUUCUGGCCUGUGGGCACAGAUGCAGCCACCCAUGUGGGGAGAAAUGCGUGCAGUGGUGUUCAGAAAUGGUCACCACCGAACUCAAGUGUGGGCAUCGCCAGCAAGUAGAGUGUGGUCAAGUGGACGACAUCAAGUUUGGUCUGCCAGUCAGCUGCGUCACCAAGUGUAGCACCCUCUUGGACUGCGGGCACCCUUGCCCUGGCUCCUGCCACAGCUGUUUUGAAGGACGCUUCCAUGAACGCUGUCAGCAGCCCUGCAAGCGCCUACUCAUCUGCUCACACAAGUGCCAGGAGCCAUGCACCGGCGAGUGUCCGCCCUGCCAGCGUACCUGCCAGAACCGCUGUGUCCACAGCCAGUGCAAGAAGAAGUGUGGCGAGCUGUGCAGCCCCUGCGUGGAGCCCUGCGUCUGGCACUGCCAGCACUACCAGUGCACCAAGCUCUGCUCCGAGCCCUGUGACCGACCCCCAUGCUACGUGCCUUGUACUAAGCUGCUGGACUGCGGCCACCCCUGCAUUGGUCUGUGCGGGGAGCCGUGUCCUAAGAAGUGCCGUGUCUGCCACCAGGAUGAGGUGACCCAAAUCUUCUUUGGCUUUGAGGAUGAGCCCGAUGCCCGCUUUGUACAGCUAGAAGAUUGCAACCACAUCUUUGAGGUGCAAGGCCUGGACCACUACAUGAACGAGCAGAAAGAUGACGAAGUUGCCGUCAAGUUAAAGGUCUGCCCUAUCUGCCAGGUGCCGAUCCGCAAAAACCUGAGAUAUGGAACCAGCAUCAAACAGCGGCUGGAAGAGAUUGAGGUUGUCAAGGAAAAGAUCCAGGGCUCUGCAGGGGAAAUUGCAGCCAGCCAGGAACAACUGAAAGCCCUGUUGGAGAAGAAGAGCCUCGUCUACCAAUGGCUUCCAGAAGAAUUCCUCAUGCUGCAGAAGAAGUUGGCCCAGAAAAAUUUGUCUGUGAAGGGCCUGGGGCUUGUUGAGAAUUGCAUCCACUUUUACGACCGCCUGGCUGGCAUGUGGGACUCCCUGAAGAAGCUGCACGUCUUUGAACAGAGCAAUGUGCGUGCCCGACUAAACCAGGUUCACGAGUGGCUCAAAAAGAAGCGUUUAAGCUUCACCACCCAGGAACUGAGUGACCUCCAAAGUGAAAUCCAGAGGCUCACGUACCUGGUAAAUCUCCUGGCUCGCUGCAAGAUGGCCGAGGGAAAGGUGAGAGGUAGCCUUGCGGAAGAGGUCAGCAGUGUCCAGAAAAUCCUAAUGAGCACAUCCAAGUUCACCCAGGAGGAUGAGCAGUUUGUGCAGGAAAAGAUGGAAGCACUGAAAGCCAGCCUGCCCUGCUCUGGUCUGGGCAUCUCCGAGGAAGAGCGAGUACAGAUUGUCAGUGCUAUGGGUUAUCCUCGUGGCCACUGGUUCAAGUGCCCCAAUGGCCACAUCUACGCCAUCAGCGAUUGUGGGGGAGCCAUGCAGAGGGGCACAUGUCCUGACUGUAAGGCGGUCAUCGGCGGGGUCAACCAUACUCUAGAAAGUACCAACCAGCUUGCUUCUGAGAUGGAUGGAGCCCAACACGCCGCUUGGUCGGAAACUGCCAACAACCUGAUGAACUUUGAGGAGAUCCGUAGGAUGAUGUAGGCAGAUGGCCCAUCUCCCGCUGCCUUCUGCCCUGGCCCCCGUGUGGCUGGGAUUAGCUCUUAUAAAGGAACCGAAGUUUUUUUUUUUUUUUUUUAAUUAUUGUCCAUUUAAUCCUAAUACCUACUUAAGGAUCCUCUUGUAGGGCUUGCCCACAUUGUUUCUAGAUUUACCCCUGCGCUAGUGUAAGCACUUUACCUCCAGAACUGAGCAGUGUUCACAGAUUCCUUUUUCUUCUCGUCCUGCAAGUUAGUGGACACGCUCCCUGGAGCAUGUGUGGGGUGUCCAUGGAGGGGCUGUUUGGGUCAUGACUUGGGCAGAUGUUUCUUCUGCAGUGCUGCUGGGCAUUUUUCAGCUGAGUUCAACAGACCGAGUCUUCUUGCAAGCUAGCUCUCAUGCUGAGACCCAGAGGAGCUGUCUAUGAACUACACUUACCCCUUCAAGGAGCACAAGAAUCCUUCCUUCCUGCCUCCUUGGGCACUCGGACUCCAGGAGCUGGAGGCACGUAAGCAAACGUCUCUAGACAGCACCAGUUGAGCCUGUUACCUGUUCACUGAGAGUGGGACAGGUGUGGGUCCUCCAAGUUAGGAGGUGGGAGGGGCCAAGGUCACAAGCCUUGCCUAGCAAAGGUGGAGCCUUGCCUCUGACUUGCACUUGGGGUGGGAGCUUCUUUGCCUGCCCUGGGAGAACAGGAGCGAUGCUGGUUCCCCUUCGGCCCUGGAUGGAAUGAAGAGCCCACACUCUGGACCAGCAGCACCUCUGCAAAACAGGACCCUUCCUCCCGACAGCCUCUUCUGCAGCUUUCACCUGGGCAGGGGUAGCAUUGCAGCAGCUUCUGCCCCACACCAGGAGUGUCCCCUAGGCCUGCCACUUUUCUGCACAUGUAUCCAUUCAUUCCCUCAGUCUGGUCGUCCCUAGAACAGAAUCUUAGUCAUCUCAGGUCCUUUCUAAUGUUGGCGCAACAAACCUCCCUUUCCUACGUAUGCACUUCCUUUUUUCUUUACUAUGCACUUUAGCCUAUAAAGCCAAUUAAUAAAAACAGUAUGACAAAA